AUGCCUUACUCUGUCGACUUCCCAUCAAUCACACUCGACAUCCAUCCGACUUUCUCACACAACACGAUCAUCAAACCUGCUAUGCCCACCUCUUCGUUCCCAAACCAAACUACAUCCUACACCCUCGCCAUCCACCCAACCUUCCGUGCCGUGGCCAACAACAAUACCACCAGCAGCGCUCUAGGUGCCUGCGGUCUUGGUAUCGGCGCCUGCCCUACAGGCCUCUGCUGCAGCGAAUACGGCUACUGCGGUUCCAACUCGAGCUACUGCAACUCCAACUGCCAACCCGAUUUCGGCACCUGCAAUCUCAACACCACCACCACCACUCCACACUACAGUUUCUCCUACCAACCUCUGAGCACAUCCAUCUCCGCCACCUCGAACGACAACACAGGAGCUGCUGGCAUUAUCACUGAUGAUGUUGCUCCUGCUCCUUCGACUGUGGGGAUCAACCACGCCCCUGAGAGCACCGGUGAUGUGGAUGUGCCUACGAUCACUCUGCCUACUGUGACUGGUAUCUCGUUUGAGCCUGUCAGUACCACUCAUACAGCUGUUCAAUCCACCUGGGCUGCCACGAGCUACGAAGAAGCUUCCAUGAUUACGGUCACUAUGAAGAAGAUCGGCUGUGCAGUUGACGCAACUUCUACCCAAGUUUAG